CUGCGUGGUUUCCUUUCGCGCUUACCGUAGUCCAACACUUCUGGAGACAAGCGCUUCUUGUAAUGACUUUAUAAGUAAUUUGCCGCCGUUUUCUUUCGCAAUGUGACUUAUGCUUUUGCUACUUUUGAAAGGGCGCAAUGAACGACUAUGAGGUUAUCAGACAGAUUGGGCAAGGUGCAUUUGGAAAAGCCUUCCUGGUCAGAGAUAAAGGGGGAGGUGGAAACACACAGUGUGUCGUCAAAGAGAUCAGCCUCAGGAAGAUGUCAGCAAAGGAAAAGGAAUCGUCCAAGAAAGAGGUGACGUUGCUGUCAAAGAUGAAACAUCCAAACAUUGUCACCUUCAUCCGGUCCUUUCAAGAGAGAGGCAGCCUUUAUAUAGUGAUGGAGUACUGUGACGGAGGAGAUCUGAUGAAGAAAAUUAACAUGCAGAGAGGAGUUCCUUUCACUGAGGAGCAGAUUGUCGACUGGUUUGUUCAGAUCUGUCUGGGCCUCAAACACAUCCAUGACCGGAAGAUUCUCCACAGAGACAUCAAAGCUCAAAAUAUCUUCCUAACCAACGGAGGGAUGAAAGCGAAGCUAGGGGACUUUGGAAUCGCAAGAAUGUUGAAUAAUACCAUGGAGCUGGCCAGGACUUGUGUUGGGACACCGUACUACCUCUCCCCAGAGAUCUGUGAGAAUCGGCCCUAUAACAACAAGACGGAUAUCUGGUCUCUCGGGUGUGUCCUGUAUGAACUCUGUACCCUAAAACAUCCAUUUGAGGCCAGCAGCUUGCGACAGCUUGUCAGUAAAAUCUGCAGGGGGCGCUACAGCCCAGUACCCAGUCGCUACUCCUACGACCUACGCCUGCUGGUCACCCAGCUCUUUAAGGUCAACCCACGAGACCGUCCCUCAGUCACCUCAGUCCUCCGACGUCCUAUUUUGGAGAAAAAUAUCAGCAAACACCUGGAUACUCAGGUGAUGCAGGAGGAGUUUAGCCACACCGUGUUGCAUAGAAACAAAGCUGUGGGGUCUCAACCAGUUAAAACAAGAGGAGGAGCAGCAAACACACAAGGUAAGAUUCAGAAGGCUAGAGUAGCCGAGAGGCCGGGGAAUGCCAACAAGCGAGUGCCUGCUAGACCAGAUUGGAAAGUCCCUCUCAAAGCCUACACACCCACCUACCAUAAACCUCCUCAACGUAGAGAAGCACAACUAGCAGCCAAUAGAGAGUUUCCAGGGAUCCAAAGGUUUAAUGGUCAGCAGCCUGUCAGCCAUUACCAACACUACCACGCCCAGUUGGAUGCCUUUCAGAGGAGGAACAAAGAGGAUGUUCUUCCUCUUCCUCUUGUGGAAAGACCAAAGGAGCAAUGUGAAGACCAAGCUGCUCCUUGUUCUGUGGAACCAUAUCAGCGUGUGGCUGCUGCUCGAAAUGAAUACCUGCAGAGAAGACAGGAGGCCAACCACUAUAAGCUGAGAGCAGAGAAACAGCUGGGUCUGCGUCCAUGUACAGCUGAGUGCAACAGCAAGCCUGGUGGUCAAGAGCAGGAGGUGGGCAAACCUGAACACCAGCAUAUGCCUCUUGAGAAGAGACAGGGGGGUCAGCAGGAGUACUUGCGUCAGCUCGAUCUCAUUAGACAGCAAUAUCACCUGGAGAUGAAACAGAUGAGGAUGAGAGCUGAAGCACAGGCCAAGCCACAACACAAACACGAGACCUUUGUGUUGGAGCAAUCCAAGGACACAGAACCAUCUGUCGACAACAAAGAGCCCCAGAAAGCAGCACCUGCACUGGAUGUUGAAGCAGCUCUGAGGGAGAUCAGAGAGGAGAACAGAGACCAGAUGAGAGCUUUGGAGAGAAAACACAAAGACAAAAGGGGAAUCAUGUUUGAGAUCCGAUUAGAUCAUGAAGAGCUAAGGGAAGACGAUGAGGAGGAGAAAGAAGAGGAAGGAAGAAAACAGGAUGACCAGGAAGUGGAUCCACUGAAUCGAACUCUGUCCUUCCAGGAAGGAGCACAGCUGAAGCUCAAGGAUUGGCUACAGGGGAGGAGGGGGUGGAGCAACAGGACUCCUCAGACUUUGCUGAACGCGCUCGGCAACAUGGACAUCAACUCAGUCUACAACACGGCAGUCGAGGCUGGACAAGGUGAGGAAGUGGCAGGUCGUAGGCAGUGGAUUGACAAGCCCCCUAACACCCUACUCAGAGCUCUGGCUCAGGCUGAGCUCACAUCAUCAACUCUAGACUCAGUGGCCACAGAUUUAGAGACACAGCAGGGCGGAACAGAGGAGGAGAUUAACCCGGACGAAGAGGAGGAAAGGGAUGGGGAAGAAGAGGAGGAGUCUGAUGUAGAGAUGGAUGAAGAGCGUCUGGAGCCGCGGUCAGAUGACGAUGACACGAACUUUGAGGAAUCAGAGGAUGAGCUGAGAGAAGCAGUGGCAGACUCCAUGAGGAACCUUUUUGUCAUGGAGGACACAAACUCAGACGAAAAGGAGCAGGAACGUGAACCACAAGCUGAUAUGAUGGAGGAGGAGAUGGAUGAAGGUGCAGUAAGCUCUGGAGAUCCUCAACAAAUCCAAGCAGAGGUCCAGAAUUCAAGUGAAGAAGCGGGAUCGUUCAAGGUAUUUCCUUCUGAGCCCGAGUCCCACAGACAACAUACCACAGCUUCAAACGAGCAGCAUCAGACUCCUUAACCGCCCGCAAACUUUAACAUUUUUAUUUUGUGGGAGUUGGACAAAAAUGUAAGAGUAACUGGAAUCUGAUAAGAAAAAGUGAUUGUUUUCAUGAUGUGAAUACAUGACUCUGUGAAGGAUUGUUGUUAAUUUAGGUUGUUUAUCUGGCGUAACCACAAGUCACACUUUCUAAGUUAUCUUCAGCCUAUUCCAGUAAAUAGCCCAGUGGAAUAAGAUAUUAAGCCUGAGUAAUGUGCAGUUAUGUGAAUGUGUGUGAGGAAACAUACACUAUUAAAAGCACAAGAGUUUUUGUGAAAUUUAAGGCACUUUGCCUUGUAAGAGGGGAAAAGCACUACUAAAUUAAUACAAGUGGGAAUUAUCGGACUAUCCAUGACAUUAUAAUAUGACACUACUUCACUCACAUGUUAUUGGUUGAUGGCGAUGGACUGCAGGACACAGCUAAGUGGCUAAACUGGCUUCAUAGUACAGGUCUCACACAUAUGUCAUUUAACAGAUGAGUUGUUAAUGUUUGGUAAUGUUUUACUUUUGCGCAUGAUAUCUCGUCUAGUUUAUUUCAUGUGUGUUUUUUACAACAGGCUGGCAACACACAACAAAUCUGAAGUGUUUCAUUUAUUGCAGCAUUAUUUAAUUUAAUUGCAGUUUGCAAGUGAAACAAACUCCAAACAGCCUUUUUACAUGGACAGACUUAAAUAGUUCUAAUUCCUCUUUAAAAAUAAAAGUUAGUCAGCCUUUUACAUAUACUAAUAUUUCCAUGCCUGGACCUCAUCACAAACAGGAAUACAACAACUGAAAAAACAUUUAAAUUAAGAGUGCUUUGGCCAUCGUCUAAAACCACAAACCUGUGGGUUUAAGUGCUUCUUGUGCACACAGAAAGCGUUACAAGAAAUUCUUCAUCAGACAAAACAUUUCCACCCUUCCCUUCACGUACAUUUACAAGCAUGUUGCUAACAUCACGCCACUGUAAAAAAUAAAAUCAAACUAUAUCAGUAUUAACUGGACAUAAAUCACUUCUACACGCUUAAAAGUGUUGUAGCUUGGAAUGUCACUCUCCCCGCAA